CAACAUCAGAAAGGACAAGGCCUGGUUUUUAGUCGCUGCAGUUUGUGGAGUGGAAGCGGCCCAGCGUUCCACACGGGACACAAGGAGGAGGCCACAGAGCACAGACCUUGGAGAGCAGCUGAUGUCUCUACUGCAAGGCAAGGGCCCAGGAGGGACAGCAGUUCAUCCAUCUGCUCUGCACUCAUCCGAAAAUAUCGAUGAUGUCUUUGGCUGUCCAGCCUCAGCUCAGCCACGAGGUGGCUCCCUGUGGCCUGUGACCAACGCUCGCCCUGAUGCUGCGACUCCUCUCAAUGACCCGGUCCUGCCUGAGGUCGAUGAGGAAGAGCUCGGCGCAGUUGGGGUGGCCGCUGUGGACGGGCUUCAUGAGGCUCAGGCUGAGCCUCAUGGAGGUAAUGGAGACAGUGAGCAGCCCCCUCCUGCUGCUCCUUCUCCUGUUUAUUACACUCUUCCCUAUGCUGUUCCCUAUUAUGUUCCUUAUUCUGUUCCUUAUGCUGUUCCCUAUUAUGUUCCUUAUGCUGUUCCCUAUUAUGUUCCCUAUUCUGUUCCUUAUGCUGUUCCCUCCCCUUACUAUGCUCCUUGUUCUAAUCCUUAUGCUUACCCCCACGCUGCUCCUUCUGCUUACGCUGAUCGUUAUGCUUACCCCCACGCUGCUGCUCCUUCUCCUUACGCUGAUCCUUAUGCUUACCCUCAAGCUGCUGCAGCUCCUGCCUACCCUCAUACUGCCCUUUACGCUGACCCUCCCCAUGAUGCACAUCCUUUAGAUGAUGUUGAUAACGAUGGUCUUGAUGAGUAUCUUCACAGGUACUUGGACGAGCAGUCGUCUGAGGAUGAGGAUGAGGAUGAAGAGGAAGAGAUCGACGUCGUCGGACUCGACAUCCCUGUUCUUGAUGUUGAGGAAAUCGGGCCACUCUUCCUUGAAGAUUCCUCCGAGGAGCCCGAAGACGCUCUCGUUCCUGGAUCUCCCUCAAGUUCUCGCUCCGGCUGCUCCACAAGAAGAUGCAGGGAAGACAGUGAGGAGGAGUCUGCUGCGAAGAGGCCGCGGUGGUCAGAGGACAGCGACGAGGAUUGAGUCUGCCAUGGUUGGGUUUAUCCUACUUGUAACAUCAGAGCAAUACCUGCCCUCCAUCUCUUCCUCUUCACAGCAGGACCACAUUAUUCAGCUGGUAGCCUUAGCGUCUUGCGUGGCAGAUCCAGUUAGCAUCUUGCUCCUACUUGAUUGACACUUUUCUAAAUAGUGGGGCUGGCCUUUGCGUCUGGCUGGGCAAGCAUAGCCCCAGGUAGCCUUUGCGUCUGGCUGGGCAAGCAUAGCCCCAGGUAGCCUUUGCGUCUGGCUGGGCAAGCAUAGCCCCAGGUAGCCUCUGCGUCUUGCAGGGCUGCCAACAACCCAGGACGCGUUUUGCCAUGGGAUUUUCUUUGGUGUACCAUCUCAUUAUUUGUAGCUCAAUCUUUCUUUCUUUGAUUCUGUGGGCAGACACUGCUCCAGGUAGCCUUUGCGUCUGGCAGGGCGGGUCUAGGAAGUGUCUUGCUCUGAUUUGAUUGACCUUUUUCUUAAUGUCGGGGCUGGCCUUUGCGUCUGGCUGGGCAAGCAAAGCCCCAGGUAGUCUCUGCGUCUUGCGGGGCUGCCAACAACCCAGGAAGCGUCUUGCAUUAGGGGUUUUAGGAGUCCCAUCUCCUCAUUUUUUUGCACGGUGGAUCGACGUUGGACCUUGGAGCCUUCACCUUGAUCGUGGAUUUGCUUGAAUAACCAUAAUAAUAAUAAUGUCAUGCCCUCACAGUGAAGCUGACAACACUGUGUGUCAUAGAAGACUCUGCAGUCUGCUGUCUAUUGCUCUCAAGGUCAACACGAAAAUAAAUCACUGGAAACCACUGCACUGACAUAAGAAGCAGGAAAAAGGCAACAAAACCAAAGAGAACACAUGGCACUUGACUCUCAUAGCACCUUUACUCACCAAUUGUUAGGCAAUGCACUGGACACCAUCAAACGUCGCGAUAUUCUGAUUUCAUUUAAGCCAGCAUCUCAUUUGGAUGCCUCCUGAAUAUUUUUUCUCCACAGCUCCAAAUUAUUAAAGGGAUAGUUUGAAUAGUUUGAAGUGGGGAUGUACGGACAGUCAGGGUCUCACCUACAGUAGAUUGUGGUCAACACACCCUGUUUGAAGAAACAGAAAGGCCAUUCAGCACCACAGCAAAGCAAAGUGUUUAUAUGGAGCCGGGACAACAGCAAAAUAUGUUUUAGCCACCUGAAAGAAAUAUUUAACCCAGUGUACCUUCCCUUUCCAACGGGAAAGUGAAGCAACUAUCUAUUCUUUCUUAAAAGCCACCACACUUCACUCACAGAACACAGGAGCUGCUGGUCUACCGUUGCCACAGUCUGUUAGUUAGUUUAUGUAAUUGUGUGACUUAAACUCGCUAGUUUGGAUUCACCAAGCAGCCCCUAUACACGGCAGUACAUGACUUUACUUCCAUGCACAAACUCUGCCUCAUUUUACGAACUCGGGACGUGCCGACCCCCAUCUACUGAAAGUAAUACACUGACUAUGGGGAAUUACCUCAAACAAUCCUUCCUGUCCCUUUAAUUUGGCCGAAAAAGGUGCAGUAACCAUAUACAAUAUAUUAUAUUUUUAAUAUUCAAUAAUUCAGAGAUCAUUUGUGUUACUAACCAUCUUUUUCCUUACUUCACUCUUUUCUAACUCCACUAACUGAGAGCUGUUGUUCACCGAAGACAACAAAGAUAAGUAUGAGCUUCUGUCCUGUAGAGAAAGGGUCCUGGAAUAGUCUAUACUAUAAAAACACAGAAAGUAUUAUCAUGUAACGUUCCUACAAACUGAAUGCGAAAUCUAAUUGUUUAUAUAAUAUCACUUGUUCAGUAAUACACAGAUAAACGCUGACUCAAACUAAAAAGAAAUGCACUGUAUAUGCUUCUCUUGUUUGCCUUUAGAACAUCACUAAUUCAAGUUUCUCUUUGAGAUUGCAGCCAUUCUGUGGACAUCAAGGUAAGAACGAGCUUCUGACUCAACAUAGAGAAAUAAUGUUGUUGUGUAAACUAGUUCUCUAUGUGAUAUAUCAUUGAUUCAAAAUUGAAAUAUUAUAUGUUUUACUCAUCAUUUCAUAUAUUUUUCCUUUCUUUCCUCCACCACCUGAGCUGCUGCGAUACACUGAGGAUAGAAACACAGUAGAGUAGGAGGAUAUCAAAAAGAACAGCAAAUGUAACGUUUUAUGUAAACUAUGUGCAUUCUGUAAGCUACACUCAUUCAUACAUGCAUCGAUAUUCAGCCAUUUUAUUUGAACUAACCAGUAUGUAUAUUUCUCUCUGCACUCCUGCUGUUCCCCGUGCAGUAAAGGUGAGUGUGAGCUUCAGACUGACAUAAAGUGCAGUACAUGCAGGGUUACCUUGACGACUCAAAAGGAAAUGCAGACCUGCAGGAGAGAACAGACAGAGGUAACAAUCAAUAAAAACAUUCAGACAUUUCCUAUAAGUUUCAAUUUAGCUUUUUUAUAAUUCAGAUUGUUGCUCAUUGUAUUUGACUCUGAACACCUUUCAUUCAUUUCUCAUACAGACACAGUGUUCCUCCAGAAAAUCCAGGCUUACCUCUACAUGAGAGCUCUAAGUAUUUUAACAUUACAACAAAAGCAAUCGCCACUUAAAGAGUUAACAUAUGCUGAACUCUUACAUAAUGCAAAGAGAAAACACAUUGUCUUCUUGUUUCAGGAUAGGACUCCUCUCUUGUCUCUGGAAGUCCUGGGUCUGAGUGGGUGCAGACCAGAGCCAUCAUCAGAGCGCUCCACUGAGCUCUGUCGUCAAGAUCUCUGUUUGUUGUUGACUUCAAUAAAACACCCGGACCAAUCUAAAGUCAA